GAAAGUUUAGCAAUAGAUGAUCAAAAACAACAGCAAACGACUUAUACAGGCUAGCUUGAAGAAUCUACUUGACAGAUGCGAAACCUACGAGAAUUUGAUCAAACAAAUUCAUGCUCACUCGAUAAUCUUCGGAUUUUUCACACAAAAUGGAAAUUCCGACCAGUUCUUCGCCUGCAAAUUGCUCAACGUGUACGUGAAACUGAACAAGCCCGCCGUUGCCCAGAAGGUGUUUGAUCAAAUUUCUGUCCCAGACAUUGUGUCAUGGACUUCUCUAAUCAAUCUCUACCUGAAAACCCAACAACCCUCCAAAGCUCUCUCUGUCUUUUCUCAAUGCUUGAGCUCCAGUUCCCUAAGACCCGAUGCUCAUUGUGUACUGGCUGCACUCUCGGCUUGCUCGCGUAUGAAGAAUCUUGAUUCUGGGAAAGCAGUGCAUGCCAUGGUGUAUAGAUUUUUAUCUAAGAAAGAAACCAUAGUGGAUAAUGCUUUGAUUGAUAUGUAUAGUCGGGUAGCAAAAACACACCUGGCCAGACGUGUUUUUGACUGUAUGCAGGACAGAGAUGUUUCUACUUGGACUAGCCUGCUUAAUGGAUUUAUAGUCUGCGGUGAUAUUGAUGCAGCUCGGAAGGUAUUUGAUGACAUGCCUAGCCGAAAUGUAGUUUCUUGGACUGCGAUGAUUGUUGGAUAUGUUCGUGUGAAGAUUCCCAUUGAGGCUUUGAAGUUGUUCAGGACAAUGCAGGCUGAAGGUCAAGAUAGUCCUACCACAAUCACCAUUGUUGCUGUGCUAUCAGGUUGUGCCGAUAUAGGAGCUCUUGAUUCUGGGAAGUGUAUUCACGGGUUUGUUAACAAACUUACUGGGUUGACCACAGAUGUUGCUGUAAACAAUGGGCUCAUUGAUAUGUAUGCAAAGAGCGGGGACCUUCAAUCAGCCAAAGUUAUAUUCAAUAAUAUGGUAAAUAAGGAUUUAUUUUCGUGGACGAGUAUAAUCUCUGGGUUGGCAUAUAAUGGUAGGGGAAAGGAUGCUCUUGAGCAUUUCUACGUGAUGGUCGCAUCUGGGAUGACCCCUAAUGAGGUUACAUUUCUGUCUGUACUUUCUGCUUGUGCCCAUGCGGGCUUGGUUGAUGAGGGGCAGAGGUUUUUUAUGAAGAUGAGAAAUUCUCCUAGCUAUGAACCAAAGUUGGAACAUUAUGGGUGUAUGGUUGAUCUUCUUGGUCGAGCAGGGUUUUUUGAGGAAGUUAUAAGGUUGAUUGAGGACAUGCCGCUGAAGCCAGAUGCCGUUAUAUGGAGAUCACUUUUGAGUGCUUGUUUAGGACACAAUAAUUUGGACUUAGCUGAAAUGGCUGGAAAGAAAGUCCUCGAACUGGAACCUGAAGAUGAUGGUGUGUGUAUCCUUCUUUGGAAUCUGUACCGCAGGAAAAAAAUGUGGAAAGAUGCUUCCAGAGUGGGGAAGAUGAUGAGGGAUCAAAGUAUAAAGAAAAAACCUGGGUGUAGCUGGGUCGAAGUGAAUGGUGUUGUUCAUGAAUUUCUUGCCGAAACUCAAUCACUUCCUGUAUAUGGUGAUGCUCACAUUGUUUUGGAAGGAAUUACCAGAGAAUCCGAGCUGAUUACUGGCCUUGAUAGUUUUGAAGAUGAACUCUAAAAGAGAUGCAGUUUAGUGACAGGGAAUGACAGAAUAUAUCGGCUUGUAUAAGGUCUUUAACGAGAUCAUAUCUGCUACAAUUUACAAUGUAGACCCAAAUUGAGGUGCAGCAAUGAAACUUUGUUUAAAAUAGUAAGUUCUAACUCCAAAGUAGGAAUUUUGUAGCUGAUUUCCUGAUACAGAUAUUGAGAAAUCCUGUAUAACCCAGUUGUAGCUGUAAAGCCCUCUGUCUCUUUACUAUUGAGCCAAAGGUUCAGUUUUGAAAAUUGGUGCGUUCUUCCUUUUCCUGUUCGAUUUUAUAAUAUAACCAAAGAGCAUCAAGAAGUUUUGGUACUCUUUCAGUCAUUCAGUAAUGUACCCUAGUG